GAGGGAUGGCCGGUGGUGUGGAUUCAGGGUUUGUUCCCAGCGUUCAUGAUUUUGAUAAGAAACUUACUGAGGCUGACGCUUACUUACAGAUCUUGAUAGACCAGCUGAAGCUCUUUGAUGAAAAACUCCAGAACUGCAAAGAUGAUGAACAGAGAAAAAAAAUUGAAAGUCUGAAAGAAACCACCAGUAGCAUGGUAGAAUCAAUAAAACACUGCAUUGUCUUGCUACAGAUUGCUAAAGACCAAAAUAAUGAGGAGAAGCACGCAGAUGGACUUAUAAGUACUAUAAACCCUGUCGAUGCAGUGUAUCAGCCCAGUCCUUUGGAACAGCCAGUGAUCAGUGCAAUGCCUUCCCACACUGUUAUACCUCCAGAACCUCAGCUGUGCAAGUCAGAGCAGCGACCCUCAUCUUUACCAGUGGGGCCCGUAGUAGCGGCGCUUGGAAAUCAGACUCCAACACCAAAUAGUACAGGAAGCGGGCAGUCAGCACCCAGCAGCAGCCUCACUUCUCCAAGCCAUGUCAAUCUGUCUCCAAACACAGUGCCGGAUUUUUCUUACUCAAGCAGUGAGGAUGAAUUCUAUGAUGCUGAUGAAUUCUAUCAGAGCAGUUCUUCCCCAAAGAGAUGUAUGGAUUCUUCAGGGUCUGCUGCAGUCCUGACUCGCAGCAGCACAGGGAGUAGUUUGAAACGUCCGGAUACCACAGAAUCACUCAAUUCUUCCAUGUCCAAUGGGACAAACGAUGCUGAUCUCUUCGAUCCUCCUGAUGAUAGAGAUGAUGAUGCAGAAGGAGAAUCAGUGGAAGAACACAAGAGUGUUAUCAUGCAUCUCUUGUCACAAGUCAGAUUAGGAAUGGAUCUAACAAAGGUGGUUCUUCCAACAUUUAUCCUGGAAAGAAGAUCACUGUUGGAAAUGUAUGCGGAUUUCUUCGCGCAUCCAGACUUGUUUGUCAGCAUUAGUGACCAGAAGGAUCCAAAAGAAAGAAUGGUUCAAGUGGUUAAAUGGUACCUCUCAGCUUUUCACGCGGGAAGAAAAGGGUCAGUUGCAAAAAAGCCUUACAAUCCCAUUCUGGGCGAGAUCUUCCGAUGCCAUUGGGUGCUACCAGGCACUGAAGGUGAAGAUGAUACGGAGCCAGUUUCAGAAGGACCAGUUCCGUGGGUCAGCAAAAGCAAUGUAACAUUUGUGGCAGAGCAGGUCUCUCACCAUCCUCCAAUUUCAGCAUUUUAUGCAGAGUGUUUUAACAAGAGGAUACAGUUCAAUGCUCACAUAUGGACCAAGUCAAAAUUCUUAGGAAUGUCAAUUGGAGUUCAUAACAUAGGGCAAGGGUGUGUCACAUGCCUGGAUUACGAUGAACACUAUAUUUUGACCUUUCCUAAUGGUUAUGGAAGGUCUAUUCUCACUGUGCCAUGGAUAGAGCUUGGUGGAGAAUGCAGUAUUAGCUGCUCAAAGACAGGCUAUAAUGCUUCCAUUGUCUUCCACACAAAACCGUUCUACGGAGGAAAGAAGCACAGAAUUACAGCUGAAAUCUUUUCUCCUAAUGACAAGAAACCCUUCUGCUCAGUUGAAGGAGAAUGGAAUGGUGUCAUGUAUGCAAAAUACUCAACUGGGGAAAAUAAUGUCUUUAUAGAUACCAAGAAAAUGCCUAUAAUUAAGAAGAAGGUAAGGAAAUUGGAGGACCAAGAGGACUUUGAGUCUCGCUGCUUAUGGAAAGAUGUGACCUACAACUUAAAAAUAAGAGACAUUGAUGCAGCUACAGCUGCAAAGCAUGCACUUGAAGAAAGACAAAGAGCUGAAGCCAGAGCCAGAAAGGAGAAUGAGACCCCAUGGGAAACAAGGUUAUUCCAUGAAGAUGGAGAAUGCUGGGUUUACGAUGAGCCACUACUGAAACGACUCGCUGCCAGUAAACACUGAGUGGAUUAGAAAAACAGAAAAUGUUCAGGCCUUGACUUAGCAGAGUUCACACCUGAUACCAAGACAGUCAUCUGUUGUCACAUACGUAACGUUUGGAGCACCUGUCCCCUCCAGUUACAGUGGUUCCUAUCUCAGGGAUAGCGGACUUAGUGAUGCAGAUAAGCAACUAAACAAAACAGGAAGUGUCUUGGCUGCACGGUGACUUCUGCUGGACUGGCAGUGUAUGCAGGCUGCAGUGGCAGGCUGCUGGAGCCCUUCCACUGAUGCUUCUAAAGCAUCUGGGCUGUGACAUACACCUUGUAUAACCACUGUGAAGGCCUUGACAUUUUGCUCUAUCAGUUGCAUUAUAUUCCUGUUUCUCCCACCCACUCUAAUUCCUACUGCAACAUUCUUUCUUUGAGGAGAUGUAACUGCUAUUAAACUGCUACAGCACUGUAGGAAUGAUGCACAAGACAGCUGGAACAGAACAGCAGCCCUUGCCCUCCCACAGCUGGAGAAGGGAAAGCUCUCUUUUCUCUCCCACUGGUGGAUGGGGCUGUGUGGGGUUGUGACUGUGCUGAGGGGAGGGGUUGGGGGGAGUGGUGGAAAACCACGUGAAGGAAACUUCCUUGCCACAGUUAAUAUUACAGCCCUGUUUUAAUAAAAAUAAAUAGGUUUGUAAUAUUGGUUGCAGAAAGCACCUGUGUUACACAGUACUGCAGGGCAAAAUGUCAUUUUUAUUUUAAGAUUUUAUGGUAAGGGAGAACAUUCAGUGUUGAUGUGUAAGCUUUUAUGUCCUUGAUGGAAGUAACAUCAGCCAUCAGGGAGGAGGGGGGCAAGAAAUUAAGAUGAGGUAUUUCACCAGAUGAAGAACUCUGUGCUUCUGAGGCAGCUGUAACCUCUGCAUCCCCUUCGUGUUUUCCAAAUCCAACCACCUGGGAAAAAAAGUUGCCAUAUAGAAAAAAACUUGGGUCUGUUUCUAUAAUAUGGAUAUCUCUCACUGUUCAUCUGCCUGAAAAUGUAGUAAUAUAACCAGAUGUGUGGAUAAUCACCAAAUGAAAAGAAAUGAGGCCAUUGCUUCUCCUACCAUACAGCCUUACUGAGAUCUCGGAGGUUACCAAGUGUGGCAUUUCACAAGUUGGCACCACCGAGCUGACUGGAACUACUCACGUGUACGCUGAGCACUUUCUUCGUGCUGCUUCUGUGAGUUUGGAACCAGGAGACCAGAUCUGAUUUUGUAACAGACUUCAGAGCUUCUAUCUGAAACCCAAAGGAAUGAGGUUAUAAACAGAACAAUCGUGAUUUUAAAAGGAAAAAUGGUUUCCUUGCAGGAGCUAUCCCCUUAGACCUCUUAAAAGCACCAUGUUUACAAUCCAUGUGGUAGUGGCAGCACAAAUCCCACCGUCUGUGUGCUGUAGCUUGAACUGGGCUGUGUGCAGGGAUGCAAACCCACCUCUCGGGCAAGCCGGUCAAAGAGAUACUGCUGUGUCACAACUUCAUUCCAGUUCCUGUCUACUUCUUCUCCGAGAUGGGAAUCCUCACAUUCUUUAAGCUUUAUCAAAGCUGUAACCUACGUGUGAGAGGUAGGGAAAGAAAAGGUUUAGAGGGCUUACAUAUCAUCAACCCUCACCUUUACUGAAGAUAAAAGAAAACAUAGAUUACAUGAACAAGGCAGUUCCUUGUUUUCAAACUUCUCAGUAUUUCUUUUCAGAGCAACUGCUGAAAGAACAGAGCAAGACCCAGGACUUAAACAAGAGUCCUUUGUUUAGAAAACCUCAGAAAUACACUGGAUUGGUAUUAGCAAACUCUUCAGUUCAAGUGUCAUUUAGAAGUUAAAGAAAAAGCUUUUUAAGUUUGAUCUUUACCUGGGUGUUAAAAGCUUCUUCAGUUAAAUGUUUGAUUUUCUCUUCAAAGCAAGAAAGGAAUUCUUCUAUUUUCUUGUCAACCAAUUCGGAACUAAACAAGAGUUAAAUAAUUAUUUCAGCUCAGGCAGGAAAAAACAAACAAAAAAAGACUGUGGAACAUACAGGGCUUCCCCCCAUUCCCAGAAGCUCACGCACCCAUGAAAACCAACUUUUCUAUUUUCUCUUAUACUGGAGAAUCAGAACAGUGCUCUAUAUUAAGUGCAGCUCAAAUGCAGGGACCUCACUGAGCCAGAAGGCACAGCCGCUGCGAUGCAGGACUGGGCUGCAGUGCAGCCAGCAGCAGCACGCUCUGUCAGUAAUAAUUCUUCAGCUGGAUGUUGUAUAAAUACACCAUAAAAUACAACGGGGAAUGUGGACGCAUAAUUAGUUUGAGCAUUUGCUAUACCCCAUGACCAAGCUCGUACGUGAUUCCAUAGCAGUGUGGGACAACACUGAUUUGGAGAACUUCCUUGCUGCACAUUAUUCAACCGUUUUCUUUAUUAGAACCUAAACCAGUACCUGUCCCAACAGUUCACAGCAUUUACAAUAAACGAAUAGCCAUUUCUCACCUAUAA